GUCCCUCCCAGACGAGAGCAGCACAGGCGGUGCCUCGCGACCGAGGAGCCAUGGACGGCAGCGGCCCCUUCAGCUGCCCCAUCUGCCUGGAGUCGCUCCGGGAGCCAGUGACGCUGCCCUGCGGCCACAACUUCUGCCUCGCCUGCCUGGGCGCGCUUUGGCCGCACCGCGGCGCGGGUGGCGCCGGCGGGCCGGGAGGCACGGCCCGCUGCCCGCUGUGCCAGGAGCCCUUCCCCGACGGCCUGCAGCUCCGCAAGAACCACACGCUGUCUGAGUUGCUGCAGCUCCGCCAGGGCUCCGGCCCGGGGCCCGGCCCCGGCCCGGCCCGGACCCCCGAGCCGGUGGCGCCCAGUGCGCCGCCCAGUGCGCCGCCCAGCGCCCCGGAGCCGUUGGCUCCCUGUGCGCCGGAGCCGUGGCCGGCGGGCGAAGAGCCGGUGCGCUGCGACGCGUGCCCCGAGGGCGCCGCCCUACCCGCCGCGCUCUCCUGCCUCUCCUGCUUCGCCUCCUUCUGCCCCGCGCACCUAGGCCCGCACGAGCGCAGCCCCGCGCUGCGCGGACACCGCCUGGUGCCGCCGCUGCGCCGGCUGGAGGAGAGCCUGUGCCCGCGCCACCUGCGGCCGCUCGAGCGCUACUGCCGCGCGGAGCGAGUGUGCCUGUGUGAGGCCUGUGCCGCCCAGGAGCACCGGGGCCACGAACUCGUGUCGCUGGAGCAGGAGCGCGCGCUCCAGGAGGCCGAGCAGCCCAAAGUCCUGAGCGCUGUGGAGGACCGCAUGGACGAGCUGGGCGCGGGCAUCGCACAGUCCCGGCGCACGGUGGCCCUCAUCAAGAGUGCAGCCGUGGCAGAGCGGGAAAGGGUGAGCCGGCUGUUUGCCGAGGCUGCAGCCGUCCUGCAGGGGUUUCAGGCAGAGGUGCUGUCCUUCAUUGACGAGGGGGAGGCGACCAUGCUGGGCCGCUCCCAGGGCGACCUGCGGCGGCAGGAGGGACAGCGCAGCCGGCUCAGCCGGGCCCGCCGCAACCUCGGUCAGGUCCCUGAAGCCGACUCGGUCAGCUUCCUGCAGGAGCUCCUGGAGCUCAGGCUGGCCCUGGAGGAGGGGUGCGGCCCUGGGCCCGGGCCCCCAAGGGAGCUCAGCUUCACCAAGUCAUCCCAGGCCGUGCAGGUGGUACGAGAUGGCCUGGCUUCAGCCUGCACCAGCCAGUGGGAGCAGCUGCAGGGGCUGGGCAGCGACGAGGAUGGGCUGCAGAAGCCAGGCACGGAAGCAGAUGCUGAGUCCCAGGACCCCGAAAGCGCCAACAGCCUGGAGAGUGAGGCUCCCAGGGAUUACUUCCUCAAGUUUGCGUACAUCGUGGACCUGGACAGCGACACGGCAGACAAGUUCCUGCAGCUGUUUGGAACCAAGGGUGUGAAGAGGGUGCUGUGUCCCAUCAACUACCCCGAGUCGCCCACCCGCUUCACCCACUGCGAGCAGGUGCUGGGCGAGGGCGCCCUGGACCGGGGCACCUACUACUGGGAGGUGGAGAUCAUUGAGGGCUGGGUCAGCGUGGGAGUCAUGGCUGAAGACUUCUCCCCGCAAGAGCCCUACGACCGGGGCCGGCUUGGACGCAAUGCUCACUCCUGCUGCCUGCAGUGGAACGGACGCAGCUUCUCCGUCUGGUUCCACGGGCUGGAGUUGCUCCUGCCCCACCCCUUCUCGCCCACCGUCGGGAUCUGCCUGGAAUAUGCUGACCGAACCCUGGCCUUCUAUGCCGUGCGGGAUGGCAAGAUGAGCCUUCUGCGGAGGCUGAAGACCUCCCGGGCCCGCCGGAGUGGCUCCCCAGCCUCCCCGGUUGACCCCUUCCAGAGCCGCCUGGACAGCCACUUUGCGGGGCUCUUCACACACAGGCUCAAGCCCGCCUUCUUCCUGGAGAGCGUGGAUGCCCAUCUGCAGAUCGGGCCCCUCAAGAAGUCCUGCAUAUCCGUGCUGAAGAGGAGGUGAUGCAGGGGGCACGGGGCCUCCUCCCGCUGCGGUCGCAGCUCCUGGGAAGCUUGCUUCUCUGCACUCCUGCUUUGCCCCAGGGAAGACACCAGCCUUGGAGUCCCACACAUUCCCCAGGCUUCUCAUUUCUAGAGGCCUCCACCUUCCAUAUACAAGGCCUUCCACCUCUCAGGGAGGAGGCUCCCCAGACCCUGUCCCCCUGCAGGCCUUGUUUCUGGGAGAAGGGUUACCCCGACCCCUCCUCUCCCAGGUUCUUGGGACAGUGCCUGGCACAUCGUAGGUGCUCAAUAAACAAUUGUCGAAUGAA